CCACUUCCGCUCCUGCGCGCUCCAGCCGGGCCUGUGCGGUAGACAUGGCCGCCUCCCGCUUACCUCCAGGCACGCUGACACUAAAGCAGUUCCUGAGGAGGCAACAAGUUCUCCUUCUUUAUAGAAGGAUUUUGCAAGCUAUCAGGCAAGUUCCAAAUGCAUGUGAUCGCAAAUACCUGCAGAACUGGGCAAGGGAAGAAUUCAAACGAAAUAAAAGCGCCACGGAAGAGGAUACUAUCCAGAUGAUGAUUACUCAAGGCAAUAUCCAGCUAAAGGAGUUAGAAAAAACACUUGCAUUAGCAAAAUCUUAAUGCUUGUGUUUAUCUGAAGAAUUUUCAAAUAUUCAUGUUUUUUGCUGAGUUUAGGCUUAAUGGACAGCUCAAAGCCAAGUCAAACUGCUGGUAUGAACAGUACUCAGGUACACUUUCAGAAGAUGGAGCAUAGUGCAUUCUGGAAAGCAAUGAAAAGCACAGUGAAACAAUGCUUUGGAACUGAGAAACACACCUGAGUUCUAAUAAUGUUUCCGGAUGUGUCACUAGUUUUCAUAAGAAGCAAAAAUUAUUAAACAGCUUGUUGCAUGUGAAAAGAUACUCAACACAUAAUCUGGAAAAUGCAUAUCAAAACCAUACUGAGGUAGCACUUCAUUUUCACUACAAUGGCUAUAAUUAAAAAGGAAAAUAAACAUUGGUGAAGAUGUGGAGAAAUUGCUCGGUGGCACACACCUAUAACUUCAGCACUCUGGAAACUUCUUGAAAUACCCUUCUGUAUUACCCUUAAGGGGCAUCAAGUACCUUGUUCAGCUGUGCCAUGAUUUGAUAGCCAAAGGACUUUUGAAAGACUCACUGGCAAAUCUGGAUUUCUGCUGGAAAAAAAAAGGAAAAGAACUUAACACAUUCAAAUACCAAAAAGAGCAGGGAACACUUUAGGCAACUUCUGGGUGAAACUUCCAGGACUACCUUUUGAUGUGGAUAGAAGUAUAUCCUGAAGGAAAAUCCUCAGUAUGUUAGGUUCUUCUUCAGAGAAAGGAAAAACAAAGAAUUCUGAAGAGUACAUCAGAGACAAAUACAUCAAAACCAGGUUGACUGAGGACGCUUUUGAUAGCAAUUACAUUUAUAAUACAUGAUUAACUUAAAGAUGUGGAGUCAAAAGUUUAUGGAAGUUGAGGUUAUCAGUCUUGAAAACUCAAGUCCUGUUCAACAGAACAGAGCUAAGAAGUGAAUCCAAUCUGGCCAGAUGGCGAAUCUGAGAAGAUUUAGACAGAAUUUUGCAGAAUGAGAUAUGGUGCUGGUAACUGCACUGGAAGCCAAAGGAAUAGAAAUAACCGGUGGUAUGUAUCUUUGUUGAUGGCCUGGAGUGCCAGAGCUCCACUUCUGUAGCCUCAGGAUUCACAACACGGUACUUCAGAAUCCUCUUCUGAGGGAGUAACCUAAUGCAAAAGGCUUGCAUGAGCGUUUUCAGGUUCCUAAAUAAACACUAAUAUGUUGAAAACCAUCUGACAAGGAGAAGCAUUGGUCAAGUUUCUGAAUAAAGAAUACUUUGGAAAGAUUUUGCGGUAUGUUUGAUGUACGUACUCAAACACAGUCUAAUAAAUCUAUAAACAUUUUUUUGAUACAGGGUUUUGCUCUGCAAUUCAGGCUAGCUUUGAACUAAUUGUGUAGCGCAUGCUAGCUUCAAACUCUCCGUGAUCCUCCUGCCUCAGCCUCCUAAGUGCUGAAAUUAUAGGUGUGUGCCACCACACCCAGCUGAAGAAGCCUACAAUCAAUGAAUUUAAAAAGUUUAUGGAACAUGCAAUCAGGGACUUUUGCAGUUAUGUAUAUAGGAACACGCAUUUGUGGUUUGAAUUCAAGAUGCAAAUAUUAAACUCCAUGAGAACUGAA